UAACCCCAUUAAAAAAUGGAGCUCAGGCUUUUCACCAAGAUCGCACCGAAAGCGAAGAAGGAAGCUCCUGCCCCUCCCAAAGCCGAAGCCAAAGCGAAGGCCUUGAAAGCUAAGAAGGCGGUGCUGAAAGGCGUCCACAGCCACAAAAAGAAGAAGAUCCGAACGUCACACACCUUCCGGCGGCCCAAGACCCUGCAGCUCUGGAGGCAGCCAAAAUAUCCUCGGAAGAGUGGGCCCAGGAGAAGCAAGCUUGACCACUAUGCUAUCAUUAAAUUCCCACUGACCACUGAGUCAGCCAUGAAGAAAAUAGAGGACAACAACACUCUUGUGUUCAUUGUGGAUGUCAAGGCCAUCAAGCAUCAGAUCAAAGAGGCCAUGAAGAAACUCUGUGACAUUGAUGUGGCCAAAGUCAAUACCCUGAUAAGGCCCGACGGAGAGAAGGUGGCGUAUGGUCGCUUGGCUCCUGAUUAUGAUGCCCUAGAUGUUGCCAACAAGAUUGGGAUCAUCUAAACUGAGUCCAGAUGGCUCAUUCUAAAUAUACACUAUUUUUUUCACCAUAAA